CGUGCGCUGUCGUCUGUUUCUACUUAAACAUGUUGUUUUCGUUUUGAAUGAUCAGUUGUCGAAUUUCGCUUGUCUCGAUCGUGUCAACAAAUAACUACUGACAUUGCGUGUAGAUUUGAUCGGUAGAAUAAGCUGCCUACUGGAAAGAAAUACAAAUACUCGACGCUACAUUUGAAAUGCCUUAUACUUGUCACUGCUGAUCACUUGGUACAACGAUGAAGACAGAAAAUUCACAAGUUCAGUGCUCGUUCUGCAAUUGGUACCCGUUGUUCAGCAAAAAUGCCUUGGAAGCUGUGACACUGCCACUGCCAGUGGAAGUCUGCAAGUACCUGGAACACGAUGCAUUUCUACUGCCAGUAGAGGCCACGAGCAGUGGUCUACCAAGCAAUUCCGAGUGGUCUGAUGGCUCUGCUGUAAAUCACGACGAGUCUGAUCAAGAGUCAGAGGAACAGCCAACAUUCCCAGAUUUUAGUCGACAGAUCCAAGAAGUAAUAGAUGAUUUUGGUGCAGUAUUCGUAAAAUCAAACUGGAGUACACCAUCGGAUGCAACGUGGGUAGCAGCAACAAAAACAUUAAAGUGCAACUCCCUAGAAGAUGUGUACUUACUCCUAAAGAGCUCGGACAGAAUAUCGCACGAUUUAAGCAGUAUAAAGAACAGUAACAAUAAAGACAGUCCUCUAACUCCAUGUUUGGUACUCAAAAGAUGGAGGGACAUAGAUCCUUGUACAGAAUUUCGCUGCUUUGUUGUAAAUAAGGAACUAGUUGGCAUCUGUCAGAGAGAUAUUUCACAGUACUACAGGCAUAUAGAGAAUGAAAAAUAUGACAUUCAAAGAGACAUAAAAAGUUUGUUUAUGGAGAAGAUAAAAGAUAAAUUUUCAGUUGAUAAUUAUUCAUUCGAUGUAAUCCGGUACAAAAAAGACAAAGUAAAAAUAGUAGAUUUUGGACUACUGAACGAGAGCGUCACAAAAGGUACCCUUUUCACUCUUGAGGAACUUCAGAGUGAAGUACCAGAAGCUCCAGAGUUCAGAUUUAUAGCUGAAGAUAUGGGAAUCCAGCCAAAAACUACCAGGCACUUUUGUAUACCGCAAGAAGUAAAUGAAUUCUUCCAAGCCACUGGAGGAAUGUCAGUAAUAGACGCCAUUCGAAAAGAAGUGGAAGAACAGGGAAGGUUAAGCAAUGACGACCAGAAUGACUAAUAAAUCUACGAAGAAAUCCAUGUUUUAAAUACAGAACUUUCAUUUUUAUUCUGCCAAUACCCUCUUGUUUUUCUAUUAUUACAUUACAUAAAACGAUUAAACACUAUAA